AUGUAUCGCGACGAGACUCACCGCGCCAAUUUCGAGCCUCUUCCGAUCAACACCGACUGGGCCAACGAGGGCAUGACUAACGUCGCACGUUGCCAUCAGAUUGGGGAGUGGAUCUCCAACUGCAGCAAGCCGGCUCCCGUGAGCCUCAACGUGCCUCUUAGUGUUGAUGUCCUGGAUCGAUCGAUGCCUUGGGUGCAGUCGACAAUUUCUGGUCUUGAUUGGAGCUAUGGCACCGCUACCACGCUCAACAUCACUUCCAAUCCAGUGUUCGAGGACGACAUUACGACCUGCUCGAAGCAGUCUGACAAGUCCACGGAUACGGCCAUGACUGGAUCCACCAACUCGAGUUGGCAACGCUGUCUAGAAGAAAUCCGCCGCGAGGUGGACGAAGUCUUGGCAGUAUGCAAGGACAACUGGCGGAACGCAUUGCCUCGUGCAACGGGACUCUGCCAGCGGGCCUUGGACUACUCGAUCAACUUCAAGUGGUACCACGAUUUCCUUUCUUACAAACCAGAAAAUCGAAGACGGAAGAGUGGCGGCUCGGAACAUCUUCACCAAAAACAUCAAGAAUACCCCAAGGCAGCGAGGCUCAGCGAAGUCCAAAAACAGUGGAGGCAAAAGAAUGAGACUCUCGGGUAA